AUGAAGAAGAUUCAGACCGCUCUCACUGUGUUAUUUACCGUUUCUGUCUCUCAUGCUCAGCUCAUUACCCCUGGCCAAACUGCCCUCCGAAAGUAUACCCUCGAUGACAUUGUGCCCACCACCGACCAGACUUCUGGGCAUGUGAAAUGUUGUCCCUCUGGCACAGAGUUUGAUGGCCAAGGGUGUACGCUGGGUGCUCCCAUCUGCCCUGAUGGCAGCUCUCGCGUUGGAGACAAGUGUAUCUUCCACACCACCCCAUCUUGCGAUAAGGGAUAUGAGCUGAAAAACGGCCUCUGUGUUACGACCAAGCCCCCUAAUUGCGAGCGCGGAACUAUCCCAAGUGGCGAUCACUGUGUUCUUGAAGGGAUUGCCAAGUGUGGGCCUGGAUAUCUUUUGCAAAACAACAUUUGCGUAUCCCAGAGCCCUCCUGUCUGUCCUGACGGUGAGCACUUCAACGGAAAGUCUUGUGCCUCGCUCAUUGGACCUAAGUGUCCGGAUGGAGCCAGACUCAUGAAUGGUGUCUGUAUCGAUGAAAAGCCCCCUGGAUGUCCUAAGGAUACUUUCUUCGAUGUCACUGGCACACGAUGCAUAUCUGAACAAGUUCCAGGCUGCCCGGACCAAGCUACUCCUCAAAACGGGCAAUGUAUCUCGGGCACUGGACCUCAGUGCCGUGAUGGCAGUAAAUUCAGCCCUAAGUCCCAAUCAUGUGUUAUUGUUGACAAGCCCCAAUGUCCACCCGAUACUGAGUUGGUCGAUAACAAAUGUAUCUACGAUGGCCAGUUCCAGUGUGAGCCUGGUACAACACUUUCCACUGACAAAGCCGACGGUACUUCGCGCUGUUGCCCAGCUAACAUGACCUGGGAUGGAAAGCUUUGCUCUGCAAAGGUCAUCGACGGCAAGUGUCCUGAUGGAAGCCCUGCGAUCAACAACCGCUGUGAGAAGCAUUCCAACCCCCAGCCACACUGCCCACCGAAUUUCAAGCUGGAAAAAACUCGCUGUGUUCUGCAAGAUUCCCGCGCAAUGCCCUCAAGAUUCCUAUCUUGA